CUCCGCUUUACAUUUCAGCAAAUUCGUCAAUCAAUAAGCGUGCCAAUCCUGUAUAUUGUGCCGGUCUCACAUUCGAUACAACUACCGAUCCUACCUAUGAUAAAGUUGUUUGCCAUGACACUGGUGGACAAACCCUUGAUAGUUUUUAUGUUCCAAAAGAUGCCUUCCCAAAAGGUGAUUUCGAUGAAAAUUGGGAGUAUAACCCUUGUUGUCAUAUAAAACAAAAAAUUGAUUUCGUAGAAGUUUUUGAAUUUGCGAAAUUUUCCAAAGGAUAUUGUGACAAAGACCAUUACGAGGUGGCCGCUAAAGAAUUCUUUAAAAAUAAUAAUAAUGUU